UAUGUUGAUUUCCUGAAGACGCAAUGUGAUUUGUACAACGAUAUUGGGCAGAUUCAACGGAAUCUAUUCACGGGCAUACAAGAUUUGAUUGUCAAUCCACUGCAAACAUUCGUAAUGACGGAUUCUAAUCGAAUAUUACAAGAAAUAUCAGAACUGGACGAACGACGACGAGAUAUGGAUAUCGCUAUCGAUGAAUUGAAUAGGCGAGACUUUCAUUCUGCAAUUUGA